UAUGUGCUAAGAAUUAACUGAAUAAAAAGAACUUCGUAUCGGAUCGCCAUCGUACCGUCCCGUUGUUCGCAAUUUCAUUUCCAACGCGAUUCUCGUUCAAUGUACGUUGGUACAUAGCCCGUCCGUACAUACACGUACAUACUUACUUAUGUAUGUACACAUGUACUUUCAAUAUCGACGAUGGCAUCACAAAAACACGACGCGCACACAGACACGCACGCACGUACGGAACAUACAUGCGGACAUAAAAACAGGGUCUGAAUGUAUGCGGGACUGACUGCUUGUUGUUGUACAUAACGGAGAGUUGAACACAUAAGGGCUGGCUGGCUCAAUAUAGAAGCAUGUGGCUGCGCUGCCGUCGUCGCUGCCUGCAGCGCGUAAGGGAUUUUAUUACGUCGGACGUUUCGGUCGUCGGUCGCUGGGUAAAUCGACGUCGACGACAGCGGAAUACCUAAGAGCCAAAGCAGCGACAGAAUAAAGAAACAAGGAAACAUUUGCACGCCAGCGGAGCAACUGCAGCACAGCACAGCACCACCAGCACGCCAGCGACAAGAAAAACCACUUCAACAAAAGAGGAUAACAUACUGGAAGUGCUCCACUCGCACACACACGGCCACACGAGCAACAUAUACACAAACUACACACACUAUACACUGUACGUGCCCGACGGUGGGAAAGUAAACCGACAUCUUUUUACGACCGUCGAGAGUUUUGCAAUCAGAAGAAGUCGGAGAGCCGAACCGAGUCGAUCGGCCAGCCCUUUGAUAAGCCAGAGAGAAGGGAACAGUUCGGCUCAGAGAAACGCAGAAUAAGAGAGGAACAGGUUGCCAAGCGACGAGCUAACGCGCAACGAAUUUGGAAAUCAAGCCAGCCGAAAGUGCGUGAUCGUGAUCGUUGGAACGUAGCUCCCCGAAAUAAGCAGCACACAGAGACCCGAAUCGCAGACCCGGACUUGCAUUUAACCCAGCUCGGCUUGAAGGGUUUCUUCCCCAGGCCCAUGAGCAGCUGAGCCAGCGGCCGCAGCUGAAACGGAAGCCACACUUAAACUUGCACACCCGACCCAACCCAGAUCCAAAUGAAAACGUUAGUGCUCAGCCAGGAUGACCUGCAGAACUUUAACAAGUUCAUCUACGACCCCAAGUCGGCCGCUCAGUUGGCCGCCAGUGCAGGUGCGAUUGGAGCAGCGGCGGCGGCGGCAGCUGCGGUCCACGGUCCUCCAGCCGGCACCACAGUUCAGCUGCUCCAGAGCGGAGUUGGCGGGGCGGUCAAUCCCGGCGUUGUGCCUGUUUCCGUGCCCGUACCCACCAGCACAGCCAGCAGUGCCAACAAUCUGAUGGCGCUGCACUACUACCUGAAACAUCCGAGCAUUCAGCAGAUGCCCAUCCCACAGCAGCAGCAUCAGCAGCAACAGCAGCAUCAACAACAGCAUCAGCACCAGCAGCAACACCACCAGCAACAUCAGCAACAGUUACUGGCCCAGUCGCAGACGCAGCUGAAACAGCUGCAGCUCAAGCAGCCGACGAUCCACCAGCACCAGCAGCACAUCAGCUACCACCACCACCACCCAUACUACCAGCAGCAACCGCAGCAGGCGCCGCCGCCGCAACCACAGCCACUGAAGAGCCAGCCGCAGUCCCACCUGCCCGUGCACGCCCUCAACCAGAACUCCAACUUCUCGGCGGCCAGCUCGAGUACGGGAGGCACUGCCUCCAGCCACGCGCCCACCCAGCAAUCGAAUGGAUCCAGCGUUUCACCCACCAUCGUGUCGCGGGUGGCGGCCGUCGGCGCACCCAGCAGCAGCAACAUUGCUGCAGCGGCCAAUGCGCUGCUACGGGCAUCGGCCGCUUCCACCGCUCCAAGCUCCUCCGCCUCAUCGUCCUCUUCGUCUUCUUCCGCGUCAUCGAGCUCCUCGUCUAGCAGCUCCUCCUCGAGCGCUAGCAACUCGGCGAAUUGCGCCAAAAAGCUGAAGACUGAGCCCGUGCUGUCGCAAUACAAUCAAACGGAGCGCCUCAACUUUGCCAACACGUACAUUCUGUGGAGCGAGGAGCAUUGGCGACGGGUGAUAUUCCACGACGAGCGUAGGUUUAACCUGGACGGACCAGAUGGGUUCUCGUACUAUUUCCACGACUUGCGCAACUACGAGCGUACGCUGUCGCAGCGGCCGCGCGGCAACUCCGUGUACAUCUACCUAAUGGUCUGCGUAGGAGGAGCCGUUCAUCUUGAGGUGUCAUCCGCCAAACAGCGACCCGAGUCCUGUAUCGAGGCCAUCAUGAGGGAACGGCCGAAUAUUGUAACCAAGCUGGGCGGAAACUCCGAGUUCGUGCUGCAAGAUCACAACUGGAUGUCGCACGCCCUGCCCACCGCCCAGGAUCUGCUAAACGCCGAGGGCCUCAAGACCCAGAAGUGGCCAACUAUCGCCCACGAUCUAAACAUUAUGGAGAACGUAUGGGGCUGGCUUAUCCGCGAGGUGUUUGACGGCGGGCGGAAGUUCUCGCGCAAGGACGACUUGAUAUUCCGCAUCAAGGAGGCGUGGUCCCGCCUGCCGCUCGACCUGAUCACCAACCUGUAUAGCACGCUGCCGGAACGGAUCACGGAGCUCUACUACACACAGGGCGUCUACACGAAUUGUUGACAGCGGCGUACAGAGCAACCGGGAUGCGGAAAAGGAUCAGGGCACUUGACCGCCUCGGCGGUCGCGCAGGCGGACGGUGAUCGUGUUCAAGAACCUGAUUCGAGUUCGAGGAGUUCGAACUCCUCCAAGUCCGCCAGAGACCGGAGAGCGAAUGAAGCAAAUCUUUAUAUACAAUUUAACUUAACUUUUUGUGUAUAGCUUUAAGACGUGUGCAACGGAGCGGACGCGACUGUUUUGGGGACCGACGGACUUAAAGCAAGAAAGACAGACGACAGAACUGACGCACGGACGGGCAGACUUGGGUUAUAAGUUAUCAAGUUUUUUAGUUAUUUAAAAAAUUAUGAAAAACCGAAAACAGCAGAUUGUGGGCAGAACACACGAUGAGUGUUGCCAUAUCGCUUUGUAAUUAGUGUUUAUCCCGCCCCCCAAAUACAUAUUUCCUUUGCCCUUUCAAAAUCCUUUGGCCCGAAAAACCAUCGUUAUUUGUAAGACGUAAUUUAAGUUGUCGUUUUCCUUUUACCCCUCAUCCCACUCUUUUAAGAAUAUAAAAAAUAUAUUAGUUACAAACAAGUUUAUUUGAACUGAACAACUCCCCUUUUGUUGAUUGUUUUUAGUUGUGCCAGCAGUAGAAGAACAAAAUUGAAAUGCCAAGCGAGUAGAGGAAGCAAACAAAUAAAUUGUAACUAAAGUAUUAUUUUAAGGGAUAGUUUUUGUUGUAGCAAAUUACGGAGAACUCACACACACGUAAAUCUUAACAGACACACAUACACACACGCAUGAACACUCAAAAGAAGAAUCCUAUCAUGUAAAGUUGUUUACAAAGAGCAGAAAUAAUGAUUAAAAUAUAAUUAUCAAUGUAAUUAAUGCAUAUUAAAGAGAGGAAAACUAACAACAAUUUGAAGAGCAAAGGCAACCUAGAGUUAAUGUAAGAUCAGAACAACUAACCAGAGCAUAGUGAACUAGAGAUGGAUUAAAUCAUGCUGAAACUCACUGAAACACUCCUUAAAUCCCUUACUCCCCAAUCCCCAAAGGAUCGGCCAGAGCCAGCAAACUAGUUUCCUAGCGACUUUUUGUAAUAACGAUGGCAGCUAACCGGGGAGCUUCUUUUGGGGAUUGCGACACUAAACCGACAAACUCUUUGUACGCCAUAUUAUGGUUUAUACGUACGCACCCAAUACUUAGCAAUACAAUUGAACUGAACAAACUGCAUGUCACUUGGCAAGUGCAGGCAACUAAUCUGUAGAAUACUUGAGCCACUAUGAAAGUAUCCUUGAAAUAAAUGCAACUUAUAUUCAUAUGCGAAAACACCCUCUCUCAAGUGUAAUUUGGCAGUUAUGUGAAUGUGAUUUCCCCCCUGUUUUCGCUUCUGCAUAUUGGCUCGCCCGGAGAAAUCGGCAACUUUAUACAUGCAUAUACAUAUACAAGCAAGAACAAGCAAAAUCAACAAAAAUUGAAUUAUGAUUAAUUAAUAAAUCGAGAAAUGCAAUUACCAAUAAAAACUACCAGCAGAUACGUAAAAAAUUGAAAA